CCGGAGCGGGCUCGGCGGCGGGCGGGGCGCGCUCAGCGCCUGCGCACUCCCUUCCCGGAAGCGGCUCCCGGCCGCGCCAGUUCCGCUUCCCGGCGCGCGCCCCUCCGCCUGUGCGGCUCGCGGGACGGGCGGCGCCAUGGCCGGCAUCAAAGCCUUGAUUAGCCUGUCCUUUGGGGGAGCAGUCGGACUAAUGUUCUUGAUGCUUGGAUGUGCCCUUCCGCAAUACAACCAGUACUGGCCACUGUUUGUAUUGUUUUUUUACAUCCUUUCUCCUAUCCCGUACUGCAUAGCAAGAAGAUUAGUAGAUGACACAGAUGCUACAAGUAAUGCCUGCAAGGAGCUAGCAAUAUUUCUUACAACAGGCAUUGUUGUCUCAGCAUUUGGGCUACCGAUAGUGUUUGCGAGAGCAGAACUGAUUUACUGGGGCGCAUGUGCACUUGUUCUUACGGGGAAUACAGUCAUCUUUGCCACGAUCCUAGGAUUUUUCUUGGUCUUUGGCAGCAAUGACGACUUCAGCUGGCAGCAGUGGUGAAAGGAAGAUAAGAGAACUAUCACAGGCAUCUUGUCAUGCAGUGGCCAUCCAUACAAAUGAGAGAAUGGGCAAUAAAGAGAAGUAGCGUAGCAAGCCUCUUGAGUAUUCUAGAUGCUCCUUUUCACCUUGUUCGUUCUGAGUGUACUACUGUUGCUGACAGGGUUUCUACAUUUUUAUGAAGUGGAGAGAUGAUUGAUUUCAUUUUUGCCUAUGGUAUGUUUUUAGGUGCUCUCUUGGUUUAAAAUUGUCAUCCUUCUGUCUGGUGUUUAUGUGAAGCUUUAAAUCUGGAAGAACAUUUAAACAUGGUUUCAAAGAAGAUUUAAAGUUGGGGUGGGUGGGUUUUUUUUUUAAGUUAAGCAUUAAUACUAUGUUUCAAAAUAACUUUUUUUAUAUAUAGUGAUUAAGUUAUAUCAAUGCUGAAUGGAGGUAAGAGAUUGUGCACCACCAUUGUCAAUUACCAGAUCAAUAGAUUGUUGCUGUUAUUUUAGCAGAGGCAAGGCGGGGCAGGGAGUACCAGUUGCAGAUUUUUCAUCUGCCCAUACCUCAAACUGGGUGAUGAAUGUUGAUAGCCUUCAUUUCAGGAGAAGGCUGAGGAGCAGGUAGAGUUGUUUGGGAGAAGUCCUAACUUUUAACACCACUAGUACUUUUACCUGCGUUGUAACAGAUUCUUGUGUGGAUGUGACAUUCAAAUACUCUGUAAAUGUUAUCAAUGCUCUGACAUACAAAACGUGUAUUGUAGGGUAAGGGAAAAUGAUGUUUAAAUUCAAUUUUUUAAAAAAAAAUCUUUUGAACUCUUUCUAUUUAUAAGUAUUGUAUGGUUUUGAAAUUUUAUGUCAACUUUUUACCACAAAGAUGGUAAAAUGUUCAUUUAUGGAACUACUGGUCUGUGUUAAUUUGAAGCAUAUACAAAGCUAUUUACUCCUUCCCCUUUUUAAUUUAUUUUAUACAUAGUAUAUAUAUGUAAUAAAACAGCUUUUCAAAUGUAGAUUAAAAGUCUAUUAAGCCUAAGAAUGAUUUUUUUUUUUCCCUCUGUUUUUUUCCUUCCCCCACACACAAUGCAGUUGAGGCAUGACUUCUUUAGGAAGUCAAUGGCUGAACUGAUUUCACUGACUUGUUUUUAAGUUCUUAUGCACUAUUGGUUAAUAAGAUUUAAUGUUAUGUCUGUAACUGUAGCUUGUGUUCUGUAAGAUUGCACAUGUAUAUUCAAAUAUUUAAGACAAGUUUUCUGCAUA